AGCAAUUGCGAUCACAUCGAUCUCUACGAUGUUUGCAGGGACAGUCUUUUGUUGGGCUUUCGCUAUCGGGGUUUGUAUCACACACAGAUAUUAUGGGGCUGCAGCAUUACAAGGCCACGAUGUAGGCAGCAUAGCUAUCAAGGUUCGAACGGUGGACGACGGAGCUCCGAUAAUUACUCCUUCAAAAACGAAGACGAAGCCGGUUUCAAAAACUACAGAACGUAAAACAGACAAAAACAAGUCUAAAAGAAGUCUCAUCGCUGAGAAGCCGGUUUUUAAAACUAUAGAAAGUAAAACAGCCAAAAAUAAGACCAAAAGAAGUCUCAUCCUUGAGAAGCCGGUUUCUAACACUACAGAACGUAAAACAGUCAAAAGCAAAACCAAAAGAAGUCUCAUCCUUGAGAAGCCGGUUUCUAACACUACAGAACGUAAAACAGCCAAAAGCAAAACCAAAAGAAGUCUCAUCCUUGAGUUAUUCAAAAAGGAAUUUAUACACUGCAUCAACGGCUUUCGUAUACUUCACGGCGUCCAACCUCUCAAACAAAGCAAUACAAUUAGUAACUUUAGUCAGGAGCAUGCCAAUAAAAUCCUUGAAACAGGCAAAAUCGAAGGCAGUCAUUCUAAAUAUUACGGGGAAAGCAUAGGUUACUUCGAUAUCAAUUUAUUAUUACUCAAUGAUGCGUAUGGAAUAUGCACGUAUUGGUAUAGCGAUUAUGGUUUUCGCAAUUAUAGAGGUACUAACGGCACUCAGAUGAUUUGGAAGGAAACCACACAUUUGGGAAUAGGAGUUUCUGAAGAUGUCGCAGGGUUUUUCGUAGUCGUCAAUUAUUACCCUAAGGGAAAUAUUAAGGGAGACUAUUAUGUAAAUGUUCCUAGACGAUUAAAACAAAUUAGUGACGAAGAUGUUUGCCGAUUGCCGAGAGAACGAGGUGUUUGCCAGGCAAUGAUACCUAGAUUUUACUACGACGGUUCGUCGGGAACGUGCCGCUUCUUUAUUUACGGCGGUUGCGGGGGUAACAAUAACAAUUUCGAAACAUUGCACAGUUGUACUCUUAAAUGCGUGAAUAGCAAACUAGCGGCCUCCAUUAGUGAAGAUUCCGACGAAGUCCCGAAAGAUAUUAGAAAAAUAUAACAUCUCAUAGGAUUGGCAAGUUAAAACACGUGUUUUGAACAUUGCUAAAAACACAACUAUGUAGUCAAUAACGUCAACACGUCACGAUAAUAAAAACGUGUUUAUAAAGUUAG